UCCGGUCCGUCUCUGAUUACGAUCAAUCGCGCUAUUGGUGGUAAAAAAAGGUAAAAGCCAGAUGGCGGCGAAGCGCUUAAAAUGAAGACUGGUAUCCCGUUUGGAUUGAUUUGGGGCGGGGGGGGGGGGCACAUUUUGACUUCUUUUCGAUCUCACGAGAGCGCAAAUUCGCGAGAAUGGGACGUGUGCCGGCGAAAUGUCAGCGUGCCCGCUUUAUUUACCAAGAAAACCACACAGCAUUUGUAUGUUCAGGAGGAGGAGUCCCCCCUCCCCCAAAAUUCAGCAAAUACGUGCAGGUUCACUACCGUUUUGUGCGGCAGGGCCGACGGCUUCAAAUGUGCCAGCGACAGCACCAAAGUGGCCAUCAGCCCCGACGCUUGCUUCGUGGCGGCCGGCUCGGCAGACGGAGCCGUCUACGUUUGGAACGCCUCCACUGGAAACCUGGAGACGCGCCUGGCUGACAAGCACAGUUUCCACGGUGACGGGAUCCUCCUCCUCUUCCUCCUCCUCAUCUUCAUCUCCAUCGGUGUGUCCGCUUGCUGGCGUCAGGAUGGCAGAUAAAGGAACCAGAGUAUUUAAAAAAGCAAGUCCCAAUGGCAAGCUCACCGUCUAUCUGGGCAAGAGAGACUUCGUGGACCACGUGGACCGAGCGGAGCCCGUGGAUGGCGUCAUCCUGAUUGAUCCGGAGUACUUGAAGGAGAGAAAAGCGUUCGUGACGCUCAACUGCGCGUUCCGAUACGGACGGGAAGAUUUGGACGUGCUGGGCUUGACGUUUCGUAAAGAUCUGUUUGUGGCCCACGCGCAGGUGUUCCCUCCUCUUGGCGAGGAAAAGAACAACUUGACCCGUUUGCAGGAACGUCUGAUGAAGAAGCUGGGAGAACACGCCUACCCGUUCACCUUCCAGAUCCCGCUGAACCUGCCGUGUUCCGUCACGCUGCAGCCGGGUCCCGAGGACACCGGAAAGGCCUGCGGCGUGGACUUUGAAGUCAAGGUGUUUUGUGCGGACAACGCCGAAGAAAAGAUCCACAAAAGGAACUCCGUUCGCCUGGUGAUCCGGAAGGUUCAGUUCGCUCCCGAGAAACCCGGGCCUCAGCCCACCGCCGAGACCACCAGACACUUCCUGAUGUCGGACAAACCUCUGCACCUGGAGGCGUCUCUGGACAAGCAGAUUUACUACCACGGCGAGCCCAUCAGCGUCAACGUUCACGUCACCAACAACACCAACAAGACGGUGAAGAAGAUGAAGGUGUCAGUGCGACAAUACGCCGACAUCUGCCUGUUCAACACGGCGCAGUACAAGUGUCCGGUGGCCAGCCAAGAGUCCGAUGACGUCGUCGCUUCCAGUUCGACUUUCUGCAAAGUUUUCACGCUGACGCCGUUUCUGUCCAACAAUCGAGAGAAGCGAGGCCUGGCGCUCGACGGGAAGUUGAAGCACGAAGACACGAACUUGGCCUCCAGCACGCAGUUGCGCGAGGGCGCCGACAAGGAGAUGUCGGGCAUCGUGGUGUCGUACAAAGUGAAAGUCAAGCUGCUGGUGUCUCGAGGCGGGCUCCUGGGAGACUUGGCCCCCAGUGACGUGUCGCUCGAACUUCCCUUCACGCUGAUGCACCCCAAGCCUUCGGAGGAGUCGCUCCACGGCCGAGAACCUGCUGAUGAAGCGCAGAGCGACGCCAACCUGAUCCAGUUUGACGCUAACGACGACGACAUCAUCUUUGAAGACUUCGCCCGUCAGCGGCUGAUCGGCGCAAAAGACGACGAGGACGAAGAGGCGGCGGAGGUUUACGACAGGUAGACCGGGGGCGAACGGGGGCGCCGCCCGCAGGUCCCGGAAACGCUCCGCGCCCUCUCGCUCUCGUCGGCCUUCGGUCGACGUCCGCUAAGCGUGCGUCUGCCUCGUCGGCUCGAAGGUUCGCGAGUGCCGUAAUGCGUCCGAUUUGACUUGGAACAUCUGCAUGCGAACCGCUUCGCACGCGAGACGUAUUCGCCGCCAUUCGGUCGCUUUCCCUCAGGCGUUUUCCGACAGGCCAUAAUAGUUCGACGACGGGUCUGCGAGUUCUUAAAAGGCACAUUUCCCAGAUGCCGCAUGAAUAAAGAACAUCAACCAUAUCUUACUCCUAUUAUUUAUGAUGAUGAUUCGCCCCACUUUUUUCGACACGAAACAACUUCCACAUUUCUCGACAGAUUCAAAUUGUUCCAGCUUCAACAUAUUCCCAAAAUGAACGCGAGUGAAUGUAUUCAUUUUCUAAUUGCCAACAUUUCCCGCAAUUCCACGUUUUUCACCAAAACCAAUGGGACAUUCGACAAAACACUUUCACAUUGUUCCCGGUUUGAAUUUCAAAAUAUUCCGCUCAUCCAGUUCGUCUUGACCUUUCCGAAAAUGUCAUAUUUCCCCCCCCCCCCCGCAUAAUUCUCAUAUUCGACAUUAUUCCCUCCACCGACAUUUUUUGACCGAUUCAAACAAUUCCAACUUCAAACUAUUCGUCUCAUUCCAAUUCCCCAAAGUUUCAAAAUAAAACCCCCAAAUUCAAAUCACAACUCUUUUGGGUGCACGUCUUCUUUUUGUGAUUGUGUAACAAAUAGUCAACAGUAUACAAAUUGAUCAAUAGUAUGCAUGUAUCCAAUGAUCAGUAGUAUCCAUGUAUUGUGUAUGAUUGACAAGUGACAAAAUACUAUACUGUACAUGUGAAUCCAAAUAAAGUACAGCUGAUGUGAACAAUU